ACGAAAACACAGGUAUACUCGAUAAGCCUUAUCUAUUUUGUCGAUCCGAAUCCUGAUACUGGUGGCUUGCUUCUUGAUUCAGCUGCGUUUGCUUCUGCUGCUCUCUUCUUCGUGCAGGAGUGAUUUUGCUCUGUUUUGUUAUUUAUUAUAUAUCUGUUGUUUUCAAAAAAAUUGUGGGAGGGGUUUGUGCAUCUUUGACUGUCGAUUUGCCCUAAUUUGACGACCUUGCAAGGGUGUGGUAUCAGCACUGACAAGGAUUUUUGGAGUCGUUACUGAACAGGGACUCAAUGUUGUGAUUCAGUUUGGGGGCGAAAGUGAAGAGUUGUUUAUCCAAUUUUACAUACACAACUUUGUCUGACUGGCUUUCAUGAUCUGGCUAUUUUCCGGUGGAUUACUAUCAUUUAGUAAUGUAGGAUUUGGAUGCCUGAAGAAAGAAGCUACUACUACUAUUGCGCCUUUUGUAUUUUUUGGCAAACGUUUAUCAGAGGUUUAGUGAGCGAGAGGAAUAUUGAGCAUCUUGCACAUCAACGUUGUUGCUGGAUCUGGUUGGUAAGGGAGUCUUUCGAUGAAUAUUGAUGCUAACGAAGAAAAAGAGACACAAGGUGAGGACAAGAGCGGUGAAGAUGGAAUUUUGGUUCAGAGACGUGGUUCGGUUCAAGUCAGUGACCUGAAUGUUGAUGCAGCCGAGCAAGUUGAAACUAGUGGUGCAACUAGUGGGUUGCAAGGUUCAGGUAAUUUGCAAGUGCAACAGCAGCAGCAGCAGUCUCAGGGGACAGGGGUUUGCUGGGAGAGGUUUCUUCAUGUGAGAACUAUCCGGGUCCUGCUGGUGGAGAAUGAUGAUUCUACACGCCAUGUUGUAACUGCUCUGCUAAAAAACUGCAAUUAUGAAGGUAGGCAACUUUAGGCAAUGCCAAUUAAGAACGUAACCUAAGAGUUUGUGGUGAAAUAUUAUGGAAGGAUUUUGAGUUUGGAUGAAUCGUUGAAGCAUGCUAGCAAAAAAUCACGUGUGAAGUAUUUCUGAGUUACCAAGGGAGAAGCUAGACAAGUUAUGUUGGAGUACUUGAGGCUGCAAAUGGACUUCAAGCAUGCAAGAUUUUGGAAGAUGUAACUAACCAUGUUGACAUUGUCUUAACUGAGGUAGUGAUGCCUUGUAUAUCUGGAAUAGGCCUUCUGGGCAAGAUUAUGAACCACAAAACUCGCAAGAAUGUUCCUGUCAUUAUGAUGUCAUCUCAUGAUUCUAUGGGCUUAGUAUUUAAGUGUCUCUCCAAAGGAGCAGUUGACUUCUUGGUUAAACCUAUCAGAAAGAAUGAGCUUAAGAAUCUUUGGCAGCAUGUAUGGAGGAGAUGCCACAGCUCUAGUGGAAGUGGGAGUGAAAGUGCUACUCAAACUCAAAAGUCUGUCAAAUUGAAAGGAAGUGAGAAGUCGGGCAACAGUGCAAGUGGUGAUGGGGAAAACAACGCCAGCAAUGGCUUAAAUAUUGGAGAUGGAAGUGAUGAUGGGAGUGGCGCACAGAGCUCUUGGACAAAACAAGCUGUAGAAGUUGACAGCUCUGAAGCUUUAUCUCCAAUGGACCAAGUUGCUGAGUGCCCAGACAGCACGUGUGCCCAAGUUAUUCGCUCAAACGCUGAGCACUCUCCUAACAAAAAAGUGCAAAUUAGCGCAGCUUGGGAUGGCCAUGGACAAAAACAGCUCGACGAGGCUAGGAAGAGCAAUGACUUAGAGACAGUUGUGCAUAGAUACGCAGAACCUAAAUAUGAAAAUCAUGUAGAGGUACAGUCCAAUCCCAUUGGUAGAGAAUCUGCUUCCAGAGAAGCGGCAAACAAAUCAGACAUCGACAAUAAUGCAACCAGUGAUUGUAAAGAGCCAAAUUUCGAGCUUAGCCUAAAGAGACCUAGAGGGGUGCAUGACACAAUUGGAAGUGCUCAAGAUGAUCGCUAUGUUUUGCGCCGCUCUGUGCAGUCAGCCUUCUCAAGGUAUAACACACCUACAAAUGUUUUCAAGGCUCCUAAUGGGAUCACUGGUAGCAGUUCGAUACUUGACAAUAGUACUGAAGUUGCAAAACGAGAGUCUGUUGGUGAUUUACAAGUAUAUUCAACCGAUCAAGUUGUAUAUCAAAGUUCAAAUGGUGUUAGCAAUAACAUAGAUAUGGGCUCUACCACAAAUAAACUCCCUAAAGAUAAAUCUGAAGCAACCUCUGCAGUUAAUGGCUUACACGCUUCUGCUUUCAGACCUGUGAAAAAUGACCUAAGAUACAGUCAGCAGCAAGCUGGUCUCACGCCUAAUGGAAUACAAUCUACAGACCUUUGCAGAAGCUCAUACCAGGAGCUCCAAAUUCAGCAUCCUCAUCACCAAAGUUAUCACCACCACCAUCCUUUUCACAUGGAAAAUCAACCCUCAUCCAACCAUGAUGAAUCAUCCUUGAAGAAGUUGGCUAUAGAAGCUCCACACUGUGGGUCAACGAAUGUUGUAGGUGGUCCGGUGGAAGGUACCCUGAGGAACUCUAGUCUAAACAGAAGUACGUCUGGAAGUAAUCAUGGAAGUAAUGGACAGAAUGGAAGCAGUACUGCUGUGAAUGCUAUAGGAAAUAAUGCAGAAAGUGAUGUUGGUCAAGGUGGGAAAAAUGGCAGUGGAGAUGCCAGCCGUAGUGGCAGUGGCAGUGGCAGCGGCAGUGGGAACGAAAACAAGUUUGCUCAGCGGGAAGCUGCCCUUAUCAAGUUCCGCCAGAAGAGAAAAGACAGAUGUUUUAAGAAAAAGGUACGGUAUCAGAACAGAAAGAAGUUGGCUGAACAGAGGCCUCGUGUUCGCGGACAAUUUGUAAAGCAGUCGGGCACCGAAAGCUCAAGUAGAACUGGAGAUGAAUGAUUCCCCACCACUGUACUUGUUGUGUACUAAUCUUUUUCUUCCCAAACAGAAACUGUUAAUGCAGGAGCUGUCCAAGUAUUUAUGAUUAUUUGAUGAAUGGCAUUGCUUGUUUUGUUUUUGUA